AUGGAGUCCGGAGGUGCCUCUCCCAUGCCGUCGGCGUCCAGAACGUCGACGCCGACGGCAACGUCCACUGUGCACUCGAACCUGUCACAGGUGACUUCGGUGGACGACGUAGCCGACCCUUCGCUCCCCAAGAAGACCAAGAUCUGCGUGUACUGUGGCUCGUCCCCGGGCAAGAACCCGGUGUACAUGCAGGCGGCGCGGGACUUGGCUCGGGUCAUGGCCGAGAACAACAUUGGCUUAGUAUACGGCGGCGGCACGGUCGGCCUGAUGGGCGAGCUGGCCCGGUCCCUGGUCGCACUGGCCGGCCCCGACUCGGUUCACGGCAUCAUCCCUGAGGCUCUCGUCCGGUACGAGCGGGACCCCAACUACACAUCCCGCACACGCGCCGCCGCCGCCCAGGCCAAGGCAGAAGGCGGCGACACACGGCAACUCGUCGACAGCACCAACGGCGAGCCCAAGAGCGAGGUCAAUGGCGCGUCCAAGGCCAAGGCCGCCGACGGCACCGAUGGCACCGACGGCACCGACAGCCUGGCCAUUCCCGCCGAGGAGGUCUUUGGCAAGACGACCGUGGUCAAGGACAUGCACACGCGCAAGCGCAUCAUGGCCCAGGAGGUGCUGCAAGCCGGUCCCGGCAGCGGCUUCAUUGCGCUGAGCGGCGGCUACGGCACGUUUGAGGAGCUGCUGGAGACGUCGACGUGGAACCAGCUGGGCAUCCACAACAAGGGCGUGUGCGUGCUCAACAUCAACGGGUUCUACGACGGGCUCUUUGCGUGGAUCCGCACGAGCGUCGACGAGGGCUUUAUCUCGGAGGGCAACGCGGGCAUCAUCGUCGAGGCCAAGACGGCCGAGGACGCCAUCCUGGCGCUGCGGGAUUACAAAGUCGCGCCAUCCGUGCUGAAGCUGUCGUGGGACAAGCAGUAG